CUGAGGUAUCGGCGACAGCUAUUCGCCAUGUUCCUACAUUGCUGACGGUCGACGGCUUGGUAAGCUUACGCCCCAAUGUAGAACCCGCUUCGUCACGUCUUCAUCUACUCAAGGUUGAACCAAGCGCUCGAAGCCAACGCUUUCGUCCGAGUCCCAUUAUAUGUACAAGUGCCCGCGAAUUCAUCUGUCCUUCAUCUCUUCUACACGUCAAUAUACUCCUCUUCGCCCCGUCUCAAGAUGGCUACCAAACGCUUGAUCAACGAAUCAGACAUCGCGGAACUUCGUGAAUUGCUGAAAGAUACAGACGCCCAGCUAGUGACACCGAAAGAAAAUGAGGCAUACACAAAAUCCAUUCACCGAUGGUCAAGCGCUGCUGUGAAGCCCGCCGGAGCAUGCCUAAUCCCAAAAUCGGCAGAAGCAAUCUCGAUCACCCUCAAGUAUGCUUCUGAACACGGUCUCGAUCUCGCUGUCAAAGGUGGUGGGCACUCCACUGCUGGCGCAUCCUCAACGGACGGCGGACUACUCAUCGACUUGAAUACACACAUGCGUACCACCGAUGUCGACGUUGAGGGAAGGACAAUCAAGGUCGGUGGAGGUGCGGUUUGGGGCGAUGUGGACGAGGCUCUUGCACCCUUUGGUCUUGCGGCAGUUGGUGGCACCGUCUCAGAUACCGGCGUUGGUGGUCUCACGUUCGGCGGCGGCUUUGGCUGGCUCACAGUCAAACAUGGGCUAGUUGUCGACAAUCUCAUUUCAUGUACUGUCGUAUUGGCGGACGGCAGUAUCGUCGAAGCCUCUACUGACGAGAACCAAGAUCUAUUCUGGGCUCUACGCGGCGCAGGGCAGAACUUUGGUGUCGGCAUUGAGUUUGUAUUCCGCACCCAUGAGACAGGCGAUCUGUGGGCUGGCUUCAUGAUGUUUCCACCAACGCCAGAUAUCAUCAAGAAAGCCGUGAAAGCAUGCAACGAUAUCUUCACACCGGACGCAGAUGGCAAUUCAAAAGCGACGGAGAAAGCUGCGAGUGCUUUCGGUUUCGUCAGGCCUCCACCUGCUGGUGGUCAGGUCCUGUUCUUCGUAGCCGCGGUCUAUCAUGGAUCGGAAGAAGACGGCAAAGAGCUAUUCAAAGAUAUCGUUGGUUUAGAGCCUUUGAUGAGUACCAUGGCAAUGAUGCCAUACGCCAAGGCAAACAAACUCAUGGAUCUACCCAUCGGCGCGCGUGUCUCUAUCAAGGGAGCUGGGUUCGAGCUUCCUGUCCGUGGCGACUUCGUGGUUUCCGUCUUGGAGGCGUACGCCAAGUUUACUGACGAGACAUCCGAUGCAGCUGGCUCGCAGAUUAUGUGGGAGCUACUAGACCCGACGAAGAUCGUUGAAGUCACCAACUCUGACAUGGCCUUUGCGAACCGCGGAAGACACUUCAAUGCGGCUGUUGCGCCUUUAUGGUGGAACCAGGAGAACGAUCAGAAGUGUAGGCAGUGGUCGAGGGACGUCGCGCUCAUGUUCAAGAAUGAGCUACAGCGUGGUGGUGCUGAGGCAGGUGUCAGUAACGAUGGUUGGAUCGGGAAGAGAGGCAGUCAUGGUGCGACAAUGGUGUAUGGGAACUACGACCAGUACGAAGAGAAGUCCAGAGACGUCUUUGGCAACAACUACGAACGUUUGCAGGAGCUAAAGGCCAAGUAUGACCCACAGAACAUGUUCAAUAAGCUCUUUGCUGUGGAACCGAAAGUCUCGACACCCUAAACGUAGCCAUAGCACCUCUUAUCUGCUUCUGCACUAUAUUCAGAGUCCGUCGUACAAACAUACAGUUACAAGCUGAGUAUAGCAGCAUCUGAUGAAUUCUCAAGCGCUUCAUUUAAGCCCCGUCGUCUAAUUACAUGCCACCCUUCGUCCUUUCUCGUAUAUCCAACCCUUCCCAUCCUAUGCAGUACCAGCGAGCGAUCGUCCGUCUACCAGACACCCAUCUUGUCAAGCUCGACUGGACUCAGCUCGCGCCCGUC